AUGAUGGCUUGGCGCACGCACUGCUAUGGGUCGCUGGCGGAGCUGCGGCUGGAGGAAGCGCGCGUGCCACCGCUGCGUGCGCCCGACCAGGUGCUCGUGCGAGUGCGCACCACCUCCAUCAACCCACUCGAUGUUGCUAUGGUUGGCGGGUACGGCGCGCGCAUGCUGAACUUGGCGCGGUCGCUGGAGGGCGUGGGUGGUGCCGGGGGCGCGGAGGUGGAAUUCCCGCUGGUGGUGGGGCGCGACGUGUGCGGCGAGGUGGUGCGCGCGGGCGCGGGCAGCCGGCUGCGCGGCCGCGUGUGGGGCGUGCUGCCGCCGCACUGGCCCGGUGCGCACGCGCAGUACGUCGUGCUUAGGGACCGCUGGGUACGUGCGCAGCUGGGCUGUGGGGCGUGGAGGUGGAGGUGCAGUUCCCGCUGGUGUAGGGGCGCGACCUGUGCGGCGAGGUGGUGCGCGUGGGCGCGAGCAGCCGGCUGCGCGGCCGCGUGUGGGGCGUGCUGCCGCCGCACUGGCCCGGCGCGCACGCGCAGUACGUCGUGCUUAGGGACCGCUGGGUACGUGGGCAGCUGGGCUGUGGGGCCUGGAGGUGGAGGUGCAGUUCCCGCUGGUGUAGGGGCGCGACGUGUGUGGCGAGGUGGUGCGCGUGGGCGCGAGCAGCCGGCUGCGCGGCCGCGUGUGGGGCGUGCUGCCGCCGCACUGGCCCGGCGCGCACGCGCAGUACGUCGUGCUCAGGGACCGCUGGGUACGUGCGGAGCUGGGCUGUGGGACGUGGAGGUGGAAGUGCAUUUCCCGCUGGUGGUGGGGCGCGACGUGUGCGGCGAGGUGGUGCGCGCGGGCGCGAGCAGCCGGCUGCGCGGCCGCGUGUGGGGCGUGCUGCCGCCGCACUGGCCGUAG